AUGUCCGGAGGGUCUGUGGCAUUUUCAGUUUACCGGAGAGAAUACAGACAUCUCCUGGCUUUUAUCUUUGCUAUUGAUGAGAUAAACAGCAGUCCAGAUAUUCUGCCCAAUGUGACUCUGGGAUAUCAUGUGUAUGAUUCUUGUGGAGAUGUGAAUAAAGCUACAAAAGAUGUUCUGCAGAUCUUGUCUGGACAUUCCAAGACAGUUCCAAAUUAUUCCUGUAUGGUGCGGGGUACAGUGGCUGGUUUCAUCGGAGACCUCCAAUCAGAUACCACUCUCCAAAUGGCUCAGUUUUUACAUCUAUAUGGUUACACACAGAUUAGUUACGGAGCUAGAGACACUUUACUAAGUGACAGAAAGAUGUUUCCAAACCUUUUCCGGACAGUUUCAGAUAAUGAGAUGCAAUAUGUUGCCAUAGUGAAGUUACUGAAAAGGUUGAAGUGGAACUGGGUCGGGAUCAUUACAUCUGAUGAUAAAUAUGGAGAGAGGGAGAUACAACAACUCAGCAAACAGUUAACUAAUCAUGGAAUUUGUAUUGAAUUUAGGAUCAUGGACCUCCGUACGAAUGUCUCGGCUAUAGGUGGCAGAGUAGAUCACGUUGAAACUAAAAUGGGUGAAUUUGCCGCCGCGAUUAACAUGAUUAUUGAUUCCCACACACACCUAUCAGAUGAGGUCCACUGGCUUAAAUCUAAAAUGGCAGACUUGGAUGAUCGGUCGCACCGCAAUAACGUCAAGAUAAGGGGCAUUCCUGAAUCAGUUUUGCAGCAAGACCUGCGUGCAUUAGUUUCUACAAUGUUUAAGGAAAUACUUUUGGAUUUGUCUGAUGCUGACUUAACGAUUGAUAGGAUACCAAAGCCCUUGUUCCUGCAGGAGAAGGUUCCACGUGAUGUUCUUAUGCGCAUUCAUUUUUUUCAUGUUAAAGAGGAAAUUCUGGCUAGAGUUCGCUCUGCAACGCAGAUCCUGGAGAAAUACUCCAAGAUGCAAUUUUUCCCCGGAUCUGUCACAACAUACCCUGAAUUGGAGAAAGAACCUCGCUCCCAUCACCAGAGCGCUAUGAUAGACUUGUUUUUGGUGGAGCUGUCUCUUCUCCAGAGGAUCUCAUGGCUGCUAACAGGUGUGCUGUUCAACUUCACUUUCCCCUUGUGGUUCUUCCCACAUAUUGCAGGCCGCAAGGACACUCCAAAAGUUCCCCUGUGGUUCUUCCCACAUAUUGCAGGUCACAAGGACACUCCAAAAGGAUUGUCUUUUUCUUCUAAACCCCUCCAAACAUCUUCCGGGAUUGCCCCAAGAGGUCGAUGUUCUGAGGAAUGUCUUUCAGGGUUUAGAAAAGCUCUAAGGGAAGGGUAUCACGUAUGUUGUUAUGACUGUGCUCCGUGUUCAGAGGGAGAAAUAUCAAUCCAUUCUGAUAGUGAAAACUGCCAGAUGUGUCCUGAAGAUCAAUGGCCUAAUGAGGCUAGAAAUGUUUGUGUUGCCAAAAUAUAUGAGUAUUUGUCAUAUGAGAAGGACAUUGUGGUUGUGUUUUUUUCUGUAUCUUCAGUCAUAUUUUCUGCUACAUCUCUCUCUAUACUUGGAAUGUUUUUUUGGUUUCGGAGCACUCCCAUAGUCAGAGCCAAUAACAGGAACCUUAGCUUCAUUCUGCUCUUCUCUCUCAUGCUGAGUUUCCUUUCUGUUUUCCUGUUCCUUGGACAUCCAGUGGAUAUAACUUGUAUGCUGCAACAAGACUUCUUUGCAGUUGUCUUCACAGUCUCUCUGUCUUCUAUCCUAGCCAAAACCAUCAUGGUUGUUAUUGCUUUUAAAGCCACCAGACCUGGAAGCUCCUGCAGGAAAUGGGUGGGAGUCAAACUUCCCAAUACAGUCCUGUUGUUCUGCUCAUUAAUUCAGGUUAUGAUUGGUGUUUUCUGGUUGUCCAUCUCUCCACCAUUUCAAGAGUAUGACAUGCACACUUCUCCUGGGAAGAUCAUCAUUCAGUGUAAUGAAGGGUCAGUUAUCGCAUUCUACUCUGUGUUGGGUUAUAUGGGGCUUCUGGCAGCUGUGAGUUUUGUUUUGGCUUUCAUGGUGAGGACAUUACCGGAUAGUUUUAAUGAGGCCCAGUACAUCACCUUCAGCAUGCUGGUGUUCUGCAGUGUCUGGAUUGCAAUGAUCCCGGCCUAUCUGAGUACCAGAGGAAAGUAUACAGUAGCAGUGGAGAUAUUCGCCAUACUGACCUCCAGUGCUGGAAUAUUAGUCUGUAUAUUUUUUCCAAAAUUGUAUAUUCUACUUUUUAAACCUGAGCUGAACACAAGAAAAUCCAUCAUGGCAGGAAGAAUUAUGUAA